AUGUCACAAAUCCAUCACCGAUUGUGACUCUAAAAUUACUAAUUUGUGCCAAAAUGACAACAAAUGCGGAAGCAGAGGAGCCAGAUCUUAUGAGCUUUGAAAAGUUGGAUAGAGCAUCUCCAGAUCUUUGGCCAGAACAAAUUCCUGGUGUAUCAGAAUUUGCAGCUGCUAAGAGUCCUUUAUCAGGAACAAGCACUCCGUCUAAAUGGAUGACAGAGUUAGAGAAUGAAGAUAUAGGUCUUUUACAAGAAUUUGGAAGCUUAACUACCUCUCAGUUGAUGGAGAAAAUCCGAGGUUUACAAAAUUUGGCAUAUCAACUUGGACUAGAUGAAGCCAGAGAAAUGACAAGAGGAAAAUUCCUUAAUAUAUUACAGAAGAAUAAAAAAUCCUGAUUUGCCAACUUGACAUUAUGUGUAACUUUAUUUUCUACUGAAUGUUAUCAUUUAUUUUGCAAUAAAACAUAGAACAGUA